GUGUUGGAUCCCAAAGAUAGGAGCUGGCCAACUGAACGAAAGGCCGCGGUUGCUAUCAGUACUCACUAGCACCUGCUCUGUCUUCGAACUACCGCCGCUGGCACCCUUUUUCUGAGUUCGAGCAAGGUUGAUGUUCGAUCCAUGGCGAAGUAUUCCUUUUUUUUGCUCGCUUAUUAUUGACCUCCACUCAGGAGAAGACUUCCAGUAUUGGGACUCUGAGAUCAGCUGCACCGGGAAAUGGAGGGGAAGAGGACUAGGGGACCUCACGCAUGGAUGGAGUUUAUACAUCUUGCAUCUUGCUCUGUAGAAUUGCUGCAGGUUCUUUCAGGGUUUAUCUCUGAAGGCACAAACCUCUGCACUCAGUCUACUCCGGCUCCUACUUUGCUUUCAAUCUUGACAGAUGCUGCCCUUGAACCCGGAGUGGAUGGCCGAGUCCUAUAUAUUGCUCUUGCCAUGCAAGCAAGGCUUGCAGGGAGUAUCGCUCCUCCGAUUACUGAAGACGGCUCCGUGGUCCUGGUCUUGAAGAUGAUUGAGAAGAUCUUCGCCAGAGGUCGGCAAUUCACUCUUGUCGGUCUCGCUCUCAAGAUUGUCACUUCAGAACUUUUGUCACAGGACAUACUCAUGGGGCUCAAUCAGUAUCAGAACUCUCGACUAAAUUUGCUUCACAACAGAAAUCCAGUGCUAGCACAUCAACCGCUAUAUCCAAAGAAAGCUGCUCGGGAUGUGUCCUAUAGUGUCGCGGAGGAGACUCUCCGGGCUGCUAUCUUUAUACAAGACGAUCUGACCAGGAGAAAAGGUGAACGCAAACCCGUUCUUCUCGUUCCUGGCACGGCCAUUCCUGCCGGCUCAAUGUUCCAGUCCAACCUUGGAAAGCUACGAAAGGCGAUACCUGAAUAUCGGCCGUCCACGCGUGCCGUAGUCACGGAUCUGAUUGCGAUCAGUCCCGACUUCAAUGGGACACUGGAGAUAACACUUGUUUGCGCUAUCCUCUCGAGCGUUGUCUGUACUCCUGGCAUCUGGCAACAAGCGUGGCAUGCAAGAUUUGUUCGGGCGUUGAGACGCGUCGGAGGCGAUUCGGCCUAUGUGCCCACGACGAUUGUCUAUUCCCCAUAUGAUCAGAUCGUGAUGAGUGGAAAGCAGGCUUCCGGGAUACCACAAGGUUCCCCGGUAGCAGAUGUGUCCAACAACCACUUACAGACUAUCGGCCGGAAUCGGCCCGGCGGUGGCUUUUAUACCCAUAAAGGGGUUCUCUACAGUUCUUUGGCAUGGGCGCUUAUCGUAGAUGCGCUUCAGCAUGAUGGUCUGGGAGAUCUAGCCCGACUCAACCUCACGGAUGUGUGCGGGCAAUGGCUCCCACCUCAGCUAGGCAUGGAGGAUGUGAAAAGCACGGAGGGAUUGCUGUUGAUAGCCGUGGCCGAAGUUCUCAAGUACAAGCCGAAAAUAUCUCAGGAGCCUGACAUUGCGGACUAUGCUAUGUGA